AAAAGCCCCGCCCCCGGAAGCGCGCGUGGUGGGCGGGGUGACGGGAGCGGCGGCGGCGUUGAGAACACAGCCCAGCUGAGAAAUAGUUCCCUGUGUUCUGCAUGACCUCUUGACUCACAAGCUGGGAGCAAAUACACCACGGGAUGUUCCGGCUGCGGUUCCUCCCCGUGGCCGCAGCGCUGUCGGCCGUGUCACGACGGUACCAUGGGACAGCCCAGCACCCCAGGACCCGCCGUAGGCUGGUGGUGGCAGCUUUCCUGGGGACCACUGCAGCCACAGCAAGUGCCAGAUUCCUCUGGCAAAGGGCCUACGCUGAAGAUUCCUCCUCUGUCAGACACGGCCCGAGGGCAGAGCCAGGAGAGAAGAUGAAGCACGAGGAGGAGGAGGAGGAGAGCAGCAGCAGUGAGGGCAGGAGGGCAGUGGCAGCAGGCGAGGAGGAGGCGCCGCCRGAAGGGAAGAAGAAGAAGCGUUCUGGGUUCAGGGACCGCAAGGUGAUGGAAUACGAGAACAGGAUCAGAGCCUACUCCACGCCAGACAAAAUCUUCAGAUACUUUGCCACGCUGAAGGUCAUCAACGAGCACGGCGAGUCCGAGGUCUUCAUGACCCCGCAGGAUUUCGUGAGAUCCAUCACCCCCAAUGAGAAACAGCCAGAGAACCUGGGCCUGGACCAGUUCAUAGUGAAACGYUACGAUGGGAAGAUACGGGUUAAAUUUUCAUCUAAAUUAUUAGCUGAGCUCAUCCCCACUCUGCAGUCAGAUAUAAUGAAGUUAUCCCAGGAGAGAGAGAAGUUUGCUGACGAGGACAGCAUUUUUUAUGCACUUGGAGAAUGUGGACUCAUUUCUUUUUCGGACUACAUCUUCCUCACCACAGUCCUUUCCACUCCCCAGAGGAAUUUUGAAAUUGCCUUUAAGAUGUUUGAUCUGAACGGUGACGGCGAGGUGGACAUGGAAGAGUUUGAGCAGGUGCAGAGCAUCAUUCGUUCCCAAACCAGCAUGGGCAUGCGCCACCGCGACCGCUCCACCACCGGCAACACCCUCAAGACUGGCUUCAACUCRGCCCUCACCACCUACUUCUUUGGGGCUGACCUGAAGGGCAAGCUCACCAUCUCCCAUUUCCUGGACUUCCAGCGCAAGCUGCAGCACGACAUCCUGAAGCUUGAGUUCGAGCGGCACGACCCGGUGGACGGGCGGAUCACGGAGCGGCAGUUCGGGAGCAUGCUGCUGGCCUACAGCGGGGUGCAGUCCAAGAAGCUCACUGUCAUGCUCAAACAGCUCAAGAAGCACUUCCAGGAUGGAGAGGGGCUGACAUUUGAGGAGGUGGAGAACUUUUUCACUUUCCUGAAGAAUAUAAAUGACGUGGACACAGCUUUGAGCUUCUACCACAUGGCUGGAGCUUCUCUUGAUAAAGUGACCAUGCAGCAAGUGGCCAGGACRGUGGCCAAGGUGGAGCUCUCGGACCACGUGUGCGAUGUGGUGUUCGCGCUCUUCGACUGCGACGGGAACGGGGAGCUGAGCAACAAGGAGUUUGUUGCCAUCAUGAAGCAGCGGCUGAUGAGAGGCCUGGAGAAGCCCAAGGACAUGGGCUUCACACGGCUCAUGAGAGCCAUGUGGAAAUGUGCCCAGGAGACAGCGUGGGACUUCACAGCUCCCAAGCAGCAGUAGCAGGGUCAGCAAGGAGCACCCCCRUUCCCUGGAUCAGCCCUGGGCACCAGCAGGGUGGCACCAGGCUCUGGAGAGCCCAGGCUGGCUGUGACAGGAGGGUUUUGUAAAUCCCACUUAGAAAUCCAAGCCUGUUUGUAUUUGCUUGCUGCUGGCUCCUUAAUAUUCCUCUCUCUCAGGAACAAGGAAAGGACUUUGCUGCCACCACCAGCGUGGUGUGAAGUGCCCUGCUUGAGAGCUGAUCCCAAAAUCACCUUUAUUUAAUGCUCUGAAAAAAUGGCACGGGGGUUAUUUUCCUCCUCAGACUGCCCCUCGGAAAAGCUGUGCAAUUCCUGGAUUUCCUGGAGACCAGGCCAGGAUUUCAGCUGGGGAAAAGCUCCGUGCUGCACCUGCACAAGGGCAGAGGUGCUGCCUCAGGGGAAGAGCAGCUGUAAGUAGUGGAGCACUUGGCUCUGCUGCCCUUUCCUUGCACAAGCAUCCUGCUGCAGGAGCUCCCUAAUGAAUUKCCUCAAUGGAGAGCCCUCUCUGUGGGGAAUUGUGUCGGGAAGGGGCUGACAGGCGUCAUUUGCCGGGUGCUGUUCUCUGUAAAAUACCAUGUAAAGAUGUUGCUCACAACAA